AAUGGUCAGCUCUUUCGUCCGGUCGCCGCCGCCGCCGCCGCUCAGCCCGUUGGCUUCCUAGAUCUACACACACACGCACACACACCCGUGACGGAGAUGCACGCGGCGGGGUGGUUCAAGCAGCUGGCGGCUCCCUCCCGGCUCGUCUGGAUCUUCCUCUGGACUCUGGAGCUGCGGUGCGCCCUGGCGGACUUCACCCUGGAGAACGAGGUGCACUCGAGUUUCAUCCACAGGAGGCUCCGGAGCCAGGAGCGCCGGGAGAUGCAGCGGGAGAUCCUGUCCAUCCUGGGGUUGCCCCACCGGCCGAGGCCCCACUUGCACGGCAAGCACAACUCGGCUCCCAUGUUCAUGCUGGACCUCUACAACGCUAUGUCGGUGGAGGAAGAGGGCCCCAGCGAAAGCGGCGAAGGGUUCUCCUACCCUUACAAGCCUAUCUUCAGUACUCAAGGGCCACCCCUGGCCAGCCUGCAGGACAGCAAUUUCCUCACCGAGGCAGAUAUGGUCAUGAGCUUCGUGAACAUGGUGGAACAUGACAAGGAGUUUUAUCAUCAGCGCAGUCAUCGUCGCGAGUUCCGAUUUGAUCUCUCUAGGAUCCCCGAGGGUGAAGCAGUAACUUCAGCUGAGUUUCGAAUUUACAAGGACUACAUUAGAGAACGUUUUGAUAAUGAAACAUUCCAAAUCAGUGUCUACCAGGUCCUCCAAGAACAUGCAGGAAGGGAUUCAGAUUUGUUCUUACUUGAUACUCGUACAAUUUGGGCUGAAGAAGAAGGUUGGCUAGUAUUUGAUAUUACAGCAACUAGUAAUCACUGGGUGGUAAAUCCACAGCACAAUCUUGGCCUACAGCUAUCAGUGGAGAGUAUAGAUGGGCAAAGCAUUAAUCCCAAAUUCGCUGGUCUCAUUGGAAGGCAUGGUCCACAAAACAAGCAGCCAUUUACGGUGGCCUUUUUCAAAGCUACUGGAUUACGUUUCCGAAGCAUCCGUUCUACAGGAGGCAAACAGCGGAACCAAAACCGUUCAAAGGCACCUAAAAAUCAAGAAGCCUUUCGAGUGUCAAAUCUUGGAGGUACGCUAACAUUAGAAAACAGCAGCAAUGAUCAGAGGCAAGCUUGCAAGAAACAUGAACUCUAUGUCAGUUUCAGGGAUCUUGGCUGGCAGGACUGGAUCAUCGCUCCAGAAGGUUAUGCUGCUUAUUACUGCGAAGGGGAAUGUGCUUUUCCAUUGAACUCUUACAUGAAUGCAACAAAUCAUGCUAUUGUACAGACACUGGUUCACUUUAUAAACCCCGAUACCGUGCCGAAGCCUUGCUGUGCCCCAACACAACUCAAUGCCAUUUCUGUUCUCUACUUCGAUGACAGCUCCAACGUCAUUUUGAAGAAAUACAGAAACAUGGUGGUCCGAGCCUGUGGCUGCCAUUAACAGCCUAGUCAGGAAAGCUAUAUCGGGAUUUCAAAAUGUGCAGACUGAAUUGUUUUUAUAAAAAAGAGAGGUUUUUUUAAAAAAAGAAAAAAAAGAGGAAAAAAGAAAAGAAAGCUAUCGUAGGAAGAAGAUUUCGAAAUGGGCCAAAGGUUCAGGAAUGAUUUUUGAGAUGCAAAUGCUGCUUUGAGCAAAGUUGGCUUUAGAUUGCACAGGAGCAUCUUGAAUGAAAAUAAGGAUGAAUUCUAGGAACAGAUUUUUUUUUCCCCUGCAAGUUCUUUGUCAGGGACACAGACCUCUUUUAUUUCUUACUUUUCUUUUCUUUUUUUAACAAGAAAGCUAUUUGAGAUGUAUAUGAAUGAGGAACAUAUCCAUGGACAGGUUUAUAGAUUUCCUUCCUAAAGAAAUGCACCACACGAAUUAAAAUGUAUGAAUGAAUUUAUCUGAAUCCACUGGCUAUCUUGACCACAUUGCAAGGAAGAUGUGAAUUUUGACUUAUUUUUAAAACAAAAAUUCCAUGGCCUUACACGUUUGAGAUGUUCCCUGCCAAGGCAGCUAUAAAACUUUUGCAGUGAUUCCAGACACUGAGCAUUAUGUAUAUACUGUACUUUUUUCAGCUGGAUCUCCUGUUUCCUAUUCAAAACAAGCAGGCAGCAUUAUAAAUCCAAGAAUCAGGGCUGUACAUAAUAUCCUUGUAUGGCCAUACAUAGUGUUCCAUAUACAAGCACAGAGACAGCAAGAUAAAUGGCAUACAGAUUUGAGCUGCAGUUGGCUGUGUUUAGUGUAAUUCAUGGAAUUGCACAAUUAAGCUUCCGCUGUUUGAGAAAUUCUGACAAUAGCAUUCACUAGAAUACUGACAAUAAAAUUUGCCAAUCUUAUUUCCCAAGUCACAGUAGCAAACAUGCAGAUUUACUCUAAUAAUUGUUUAAUCAAUUUUUUGGACAAGAUUUGUUCUUUUCCUAUGGUUUAAUCCAACUUGAUAGGCAAGAAAAAAGUCUAACUAUUCAGAAGAAUGAAUUUCUUAAAAGUGCAGGAACAAUGCAUUCAGCCAAUAUAGAGAUAUUUUGUUUCUGAAAAGUGCCUUCUCCUGUUUCUGUUUUGGCAAUGCUAAUUUAAAUCUUCUUCUAAUCUGGAAGGGAGCAGAAAGGUAUAAAAAGUCGAUACAAUAAUUGCCGUUGAAUUAAAAGGCUACCAUUCUUGAAGCCAUGUUGGUCAGACUAAUCUGGAUGAAGAGGUAGACAGCUUGUCAAUGACAUGGAAUUGCAACUCUGUUGAACAGUGGUAAGCAUUUUCAUUAUUAGUCAUUGUGGCUCAGAAGCUGGAAUUCAACAUCUGUAGAUCCAUGUGUUACCUAUUUCUGCAUAGAUUGUGCACACAAAAUUAUUCACUGGAUAGAGCUGUUGGGAGAAAAGUACAAGGAUAAAGAUAGAGAGGACCGUUAUGGGGAACAAACAUUAAUUGAUAACUUGAUACCAUUGUAAAUAAUUCAGGUUCUAUCAAGUAGAAUUGUUUCCAAAAUGGGGAGAAUGUUAUUGCUCUUUCAAUUAGCUUGAGGAUGUUCAUGUACGGCAAUAAGACUUUCGGUUGGGUUGUAUGUUGUCUCAAAAAGAAUUUUGACCAUUCAGGAAAGUUUCAUAGGAAAAGAUAUAUAGGAAGACUAAAGGAGCUGAGCUCACAAAAGUAUUGAAUUUCAAGCAGCAAGUGUAAUAUGCCAUCAGCUAAAACUACAUGUAAUACUGGGUGAAGGUCCUAAUUCAAAAAAGGAUGUUGUGGCUGAAAAGUGACUUUAUAUUGUUACAACUCUGGUGCAAGGUUGCAGAUAAUAACUCAAUCACUGGACAAAGUCCCAUGGAAAGCCAUAUCUAAUCAUCACUUGAUUUAAAAAAAUAAUCCAAAGGCUUUUUCUGCAUCUAAAGAUACUAAUGCAGAAGAAUCCCAUUUUAUGCUUGACUAUAUGUAGUAUGUCACUUAAUGUAUGCAAAUUAUUUGAUGUCUGAAAAUUAUGGAUAAAUCCCAACUGGAAGGAUGAAUUAUAGAUCUUUUGCAAGUAUCUACCCAGUAGGGUAGUUAAAAUCUUGGUGUCUACAUUUUUGUGGGUCUUUACCUGGUUUAAAAUCUCAUAAAAUUAUGAUGGUAAUUCAUCAACCUUAACUUUUACCUCAUUGUAUACCGCCCAAAGAAUAGAAACUAACAAACCUGUGUAUGCCUUUUACCAGUGAUUAUCAAUCUUGGCAACUUGAAGAUGUGUGGACUUCAGCUCCCAGAAUUCUCCAGCCACCAUAGCUUUUGGGGAUCUGUCAUAACUUCCAGUGGUUGCUAAGUGAGCAGUCGAGGACUAGCUGUAUUUUUUUUUCUGGUCUCCCUGAAUAUGAGAGAGAUGUUUCUUCCCUUCUUACUGCUAAUCAGGCUGAAUGAAGUUAAUUUGCCGCAAUAGAACACAGAAAGCGCAGUAUCACACAGUGCCUAAGUAAU